UGACGUGAGCUGCUGCAAUCUCAAGAUCCAUUUUAUUUGUUCACAAGCGUUCAGAGAGACUUGUCUCAUUAGUGGGUUCCUCCACUUAUAAUUUUGCCUUUGUGUGAGAAGGGAAUUACAGAAUUAGCACAUAAAACAUGUGUUAGUUCAGCAUUUUUCAUCUUCAGACACAGACAACUUCAAGAAAUCCAUGACAGAAACAGGAGAAUCAGCGGUUGAAGUCACCCAACUUUCUCAUGGAGAGGAGGCAACAUUACGAUUCUAUCCUGGACCGAAGCAAGCGCAUUUUGUGGCAGGCUGACUGCUAUUUGGAUCUGCAGUCUACAUCCUGCUCGGCCUCAUCACAACCACAAGCAGAGGAUAUAUGUUGGAUCAAGAAACACCAAAACCAACUACAAAGCUUUAUUACUCCUUCCUUCCUGGAGGAGAUGUUAACCCAUCUCAGAGAGAUGGAUGUGCUGAACGCAACUGAAGUGACCCACAUCAAGGAAGCAAGCCUGUUAAAGGACCAGAUUAACAUGCUCACCACUAUUGUCACUGAAAAGGAGUAUCAAGACUCUGAUGCUAUUCAGGGGUUUAUAGAAAGCUCAGAUUCUCAAGUUGCCCAGCUCAUCAUAAACCAUGAAGCCAUGGUGAAGAAGCACAAAGAGGUCCUAUUGCGGCGAUAUGAACAGUACAGAGACAGAGAUUCAGUCAGCUGCCCUCAAUUGAACAUCUCCUCAAGGUCCUUACUCCUAGUUGAUGGACUUUCUGACCUUCAACAAAAAGAACAUGACCUGAUGCAGGUGGGAGUAACUCGGGGAAGGAAAAUAAAUCAUCUCAGGCAGCUGGGGCUAGCUAAGUUGUUUGAACCCCUGACGCGGGUCAGUUUGCCUCCAAGGGUCUCCCUCACAGUUGGUGUAGCUGGUAUCGGCAAGACCACCUGGGUACGACACUUCAUCAGACAUUGGAGCCAAGGGGCCAUAUGCACAGAUGUACACUUUGUUUUACCUUUCACCUUCUGUGAGCUGAACUCACAGGAAAAGUUAUCUGCUGAGAAGCUGGUGAGAAUGACUUAUCCUCAUCUAGAAGAUCCCAGUUUGGUCCUGAGUAGCACCUGCCGGACACUCCUCAUACUUGAUGGUCUGGAUGAGUUCCGCUGCACUUUGAAUUUCUCUGAUGCAGCUCCUUGCAAUGACCCAAAGAAAGAAGUGUCCAUUGAUGACUUGAUUACUAAUAUAAUCCGAGGGAAUCUGCUCCCUGACGUAACAGUGUGGGUGACUUCCAGGCCAGGAGUUGCUUCUCUCAUUCCUGGAGGACUGGUUGACAGGGUAACUGAGAUCCCUGGAUUCAGCCACUCAGACCUCCAGAUCUUUCUGAAUCAUCACUUUUCUGAGAAAGAUUUUGGCAGCAAAAUAUGGGCACACCUGGAGUCAAAUAAGAUCUUGAUGGUGAUGUGUUACAUACCAUGUAUUUGCUGGAUGGUAGCUGAUACUUUGUUGUACAUCAUGCAAAGUGAAACACAGGAGAGCCUUCCAAGGACCUGCACUGAGAUCUAUGCCCAUUUUUGUUCAAUGAAAGCAGAAUUAGGUGAACCAAGAGGCAGGGAGCCAGUGAAAGCAGAGCAGCUUUAUGGGAGCAAUCGUAAACUCCUGGGGAACCUCGGACGACUUGCAUUCUACGGCCUCCUGAAACGCAAGUACACCUUCAGUGAACAGGACCUUAAGGCCUAUGGGAUAGAUCUACUGUUAACUCAGGGCAGUCUUGGUGCUGGAGUUCUUAUUAGGUUAGAGUCCAUUAUACACACAACAUACCGAUUCACACAUUUGACCCUGCAGGAGUUUCUUGCGGCGACUUUCUACCAUGUUUCCUCAAAGCGGGCCAUAUUUGAUUUGUUCUCGGAAAGCACCAUGUCCUGGCCAAAGAUUGGCUUCCAAAACCACUUCAAAAGUGCCUUUCAGCAUUCACAACAAGCUGAAAACGGUCACUUGGAUGUGUUUGUUCGCUUCCUGACAGGCCUGCUGUGCCCAACAGCACUUAAACCGCUUGCGGGGCUCUUGGCCCUUGGGAAGGAUGAUGGCAGUCAGAAGGCAUGGGCAGCAGGAUUUUUGCAUGACGUCUUGGCCAGUGGAGGUGCCGUGGUGUCCCUGCGUGCAGUCAACCUAGCUUACUGCUUACAAGAAUUGCAACAUACAGAGCUGUUGCGGAGUGUAGAAGAGGACUUACAGCGUGGUAGCUUGGGUGAAAAGUUAACAAAGAGUCACUGUGUUGUGCUGGGCUUCCUGCUGCACGUGUCUCCAGAGUGCAGUGAACGGACCAACCUGACGGGCUCUCUGAACUUCACAACAGUGAAAAGUUUGCUCCCACAGCUGCUGUAUUGUAGCCAUCUCAGGUUGGAAAAUAAUCACUUCAAAGAUGAUGUCAUGGAACUGCUGGGAAGUCUCCUGAGUGCCAAAGACUGCCACAUACAGAAAAUAAGCUUGGCUGACAAUUCGAUCAGCAACAAAGGUGCCAAAGCCCUGAGUCGAGCCCUCUUGGUGAAUCGCACACUAACAUCUCUCAACCUCCGAAACAACAAUAUUGGAUCCAAAGGUGCAAGGUUCCUGGCAGAGGCUCUAAAAAUGAACCAAGCUGUAAUAUCAAUCAACUUCCAGAACAAUGCCAUCACAGAAGAUGGUGCUCAGGCUCUUGCAGAAGUUCUGCAGUGCAACCGCAAACUGGUGUCCCUGAAUAUACGGAAGAAUACAGUUGGAGCAAUUGGAGCCAAAAGAAUCGCAGAUGCACUGAAGACAAAUCGAACUCUCACAAAGUUGAUUCUUUGUAGUAACCAGCUUGGGGACAAAGGUGCAAUUGCUUUGGCGGAAGCUUUGAUGCUCAACCACACUUUGCUCUCUCUCCAACUUCAGAGUAACUCAAUCAGCAACAGAGGAAUGACAGCCCUGACCAAAGCGCUGAGGCUCAACCGAGGCCUUGUCUCGUUGAAUCUAAGAGAGAAUUCAAUUGGAGUGGAGGGAGCAAAGAACAUAGCCCAUGCCCUCCAGGAGAAUAACUCUCUGCAAGACCUUGACCUCACAGCUAACCUGUUACAUGAUGAAGGGGUUCAAGCAAUAGCUGGUGCAAUCAAGUUUAAUCAAGGCCUCGUCUCUUUGCACCUUCAGUGGAAUUUCAUCAAGUCCACAGCCACAAAAGCUCUGGCCCAUUCCCUCCUCUCCAAUGGCACAAUGCAACUCUUGGACCUACAAGAAAAUGCAAUCGGGAAUGAAGGGGUCAUUUUUCUUGCUGAAGCUCUGAAAGUCAACACAUCUCUGCAUACAUUAUGUCUUCAGGGAGUCUCAGCAGGUACAAGUGGUGCUGUUGCAAUGGCAGAAGCAUUGAUGACCAAUCAAACUCUGCAAACAUUAGACCUACGUGGGAACACUGUAGGGAUGGAGGGAGCAAAGGCCUUGGCCAACGCCUUGAAAUUCAACAGAAGCCUCAAGUCACUGAAUCUGCAGGAGAACUCUCUGGGUAUGGAUGGAGCCAUAUUCAUUGCAACAGCUUUAAAGGGAAACCACCAGCUAGCAUACAUCAAUUUGCAGGGAAAUGGCAUUGGAGAAUCUGGAGCAAAGGUCAUAUCUGAUGCAAUAAGAGCCAGUGCUCCCAGCUGUGUUGUGGACAUGUAGCCAAAGAAUGAGAAGCUUCUACUGAGGAAGGUCAAACUCAAAGUGCACAAAUAACCUUGUUAUCAUAGACUGAUGUAAGCUAGGCAAUUUAGCAAACUCUGGCUGUAUAGUUGUCUUGAAGAUUGUCAUUUAAUUAUGUUUUUUUUUUUCUUUUUUUUUUUGUGUGUAUUUUUAUGAAAAUAUUGCAAUAUUUAUUCUAACAGUGUCAUUUGCCAGGUUCAGGAUAUCUGAGUGGCAUCAUAUUAUCUUGUCUGUAUCUGUAAAAUAUCCAUUCUCAACAAACCAGGGAACUAUAGUCUUUGUUAUCUGUCUGAAGUAAAAUGUCAUUCUGUAUGUAUGCUCUGUUUGCACUAUUAAAUCUGGUGUAUAAAACAAGUGAAAAAAACAAAAAA